AUGAACAAGAAGAAGAACAAGAAAGUAACCUUUGCGAAUCCUGAGGUAGAAGAAGAAGAAGACCAAAGAUUAUUCAGCCAAGAAGAUGACACUGGUGAAAGCAAGAGUGAUGAGAAUAAGAGUGUGAGUGUUGUUAGAAUGAAGAUCGUUGUACAUAAGCAAGAGUUGGAGAAGCUUCUUCAAGGAGGGUCGGUCCAUGAGAUGGUGUACCAGAGUCUUGAGAAACAGCAACUUCUUACUGAUGAUGAUACUGAUCAAUGUAAUAGAGGUUGGAGACCUAUGUUAGAUUCCAUACCUGAAUCAUAG